AUGAUCACCGGCUACGAGGACGCAGCAAACAACUUUGCUCGUGGCUUCUUCACAAUUGGCAAACUGUUAAUUUCGCCAGUUCUCAACGAGCUUCGACGUUGUUUUGAGGCCUGUGAUGCACCUCAGGGCCUGUUAUUCUUUCGCAGCCUUGGCGGAGGCACGGGCGCCGGACUGACGGCUGCUUUGCUCGAGGUGAUGACGGAGUACAGAAAGUUGACCAAAGUCGAAGUGCCCAUCUACCCGUCACCGUCACUCUCCAACUCUCUCGUAGAGCCCUACAACAGCCUGCUUGGAGAACACUUCGCCAUGGAGGACAUCAAUUUGGGCCUUUUGAUGGACAACGAGGCCCUCUACGACAUCUGCUCCCGGUACCUGGCCAAUCAGACAGCCACAUACACAUCAAUCAACCGCCUUCUCGCUCAGGUUACCAGCGCGAUAACAGCAUCCCUUCGCUUUCCCAAUGUCCUUAACGGUGACCUGAAUGUAAUUCAGACCAACUUGAUCCCCUAUCCUCGAAUUCACUUUCCACUCAGCAAUUUUGCGCCCUGCAUUUCACCCGAGAAGGCAGAGCAUGAAAGUGUUUCCACACGAGAGUUGACUCGUGCUGUAUUCGAGCGUGAGAAUCAAAUGGUCAAAGUUGAUCCGAGUUGCGGUAAAUUCAUGUCAUGUAGCCUCCUCUUUCGUGGUAAUGUCAGUCCCAGCGAAGUCUACCUUUCGUUGAUGGAGCUGAAGACUAAUAAAGGCAUUGACUUCGUCGACUGGUGCCCGACUGGCUUCAAAGUGGGCAUUACAUCAGAACCGCCGGUGACUGUAACCGAGAGUCGAGUGGCUCAAUGCAGCAAAAAUGUUAUAAUGUUGGCCAAUAACUCUGCCGUCGGGCAGGCCUGGCAAAGAUUAACGCACAAAUUCUAUCUGCUCUACUCCAAACGCUCCUUCAUCCAUUGGUUCAUCGGUGAGGGUAUGGAGGAGAGUGAAUUCACCGACGCCUUGAGUAACAUGACAACGCUCGUGAAAGACUACGAAGAGGCCUCUAUGGACACUGUACAGGUGGGCGAAGACCAGGCCAUUGAUGAAUAG